AUGUUUCUGCAGGGCGUGUGUAGAUAUGUUUGGUUGCCUCUGCUGCUGCCACCUCUCUUACGAUCCGAGGAAAGUUGCUCCGAAGGUAUCCGGCGGAUAGGACUUCAUGAGCUGACUGCCAUGCAUGAGGCGCUGGAAUCAGAGGGUGCCGUUAUCGUGACCGGCGUGCAUCACACGGGCGGUACAUGGGAAGAGAAGGCAUCAGCCUUGCCGUCCCUCACUUUUCCGGGCCGCCUGGUCUCGAAGACCCCAAAGGUCCAAGGAAUCCACCUUGAACAUCAGCAUCUGAAGCAGAACCUGACGACGAAGCCCUUCGAACUCGUGGGCAAGCCUCUGCUGCCACACACAGACGGAUACAUCUAUGGCGAAUUUCUUCCCGACUACAUUGCAUUUGUGGUCGAAUCCCAAAGCGACACUGGUGGCCAGAACUUUGUCGUGGACGGGAACAAGGUUCUGGAAAGGCUAUGCGAGAAGAGCGGUACUGCAGAUGCACCGUCGCUUGACGCUUGCUUGCUGGUUAGGACACAAACUGUUGAUUUAACAGAGCGAUCUCCACCGGGCUAUGUGAAUGGUCGGGAGUUCAUUGCUCCACUCAUGCGGCACCAACAUCAGAGACUGCGUUUUCACCGACAGGUCUCCGUCCUUGCUUGUGAGGAUGCAGUAGACGAAGAUGGGGGGCUUCGUUCCAACCUGCGCCCAUACCAGAGCCUGUGGAGCGCGGUGGCACCAGCCCACGGGGGAGAUGGCCAUCAGCGCGAAGUGACUGAACUGCUUGAGGCUGUUGAUGCCGCUGUUCAGCAGGAGGCUGCUGCAGCUCCACGGUUUAUGCUGCAAGAGGGGGAGGCUCUCAUGAUCGACAACUAUCGGAUGCUGCAUGGCAGGGAGGGCUACCAUGGCACCACUGAGCGCAAGCUGUGGCGAGUCUGGUUCUGGACCAACGAGAGUAGUGGUAUCCCAGAGGGCAUGCCAGAGCUUGGUUCCGUCCUGGAUGCAGAGGAGCUAAGUAGCUGA